CGUUGCUCUCAUUCUGUCCCUUCUGCGUUUUGGCAUAUUAACAAGUGCUUUUUAAUGCUGAUGAAGGCAAGUGGAGAGAGGGUUGACGCUCCACUGGAUGACAAUAGAUAAGGGAAAUUGGUAGACAGAUGGUGGUAGAUGAUGGUGGUAUUGGUAGAAACAUCCAUUGAUACCAGGAUAUUUACAGAUCUGAGUAGCAGAGAGAGAAGUCAUCACAACUGGUUAACAAGACCAAACCCAUCACUGAAGCAGAAGAAGUCGAUGAAAGAACACCCUAAGACGGACUACAAACCUUGUCAUAUUCAAGAAGUUGCAUACAGCCUUCGUCAUCUCCUCAAUCCACUAAAUAUUUUAAAGUCCAUGCGACUGGUCAACAAUGGGACUGAAUAUCCAUGAGAGCCUUGUAAUGCUAUUCUAUCAUGAUGAAACAUUGACAUGCCACCAUUGUUGACAAUGACAGGAUGAUGAUGCAGCCCCAGGUAGGAGGGUAUUGUUGAUGGCCUAAGACUUUAAUCAGCUGAUGGAACAUGGCUUUUAUUCUCUGAAACCUAUCAACCUUGCAUGAGAUGCAAUAAUAAUGCAGAGGGACAAAAAUUGACUCUUACUUCAAUAAAAUAAACCAAACCCAAAGGACCUAAAGCACGCCUGUAUGAUGGAUCAUUUGUAGAUAUGAUGUUUUAUUCAAAGUCAUUUGCAACGCUUCCAAUAUCCCUGACAGGCUUUGUGAAUCCUUGGGCUAUGGAAUAUGAUGGAGGUUCCAAUAAAGACUGACAUAUUGACUCGUAAUUCCUCUUUGGCAACCUAGCACCAAAUGUGCAAAAAAAUAUUGGAUACAAAGCCAAUUUAUCAACAACAAACAAAGCCCUGUGUAUAAAUAGAAAAGUGUAUUCAACUCUUUCAGUUCUGCUCAUCAUGUGUUAAAGACAAGAUUAUGGAUAUUUCAUACCGUUACCCAGGAAUAUCCAUGCAUUGGAAAUGCUGUGAUCUGUGAAUUCACCAGCUUAUAUAUAACUGGUGCCACACUUGCCUUGACAGGUUUAGCGUGUCAAGUGGAAUUUCAUGUAUUUGAGAUGCACUUAAGAGGUCAGGAAUAAUUGUAUUGGUAAUAGGACCAGGAAAAGAGUUUCAUUUGCAAUUUUCAUUUCCAAAACGAGAACCAAAGUUUAGCGUGGACACCCAUUUGGAAGUUUGACAUUGCCGAUGGCUUAUCAGUGCUAACAACUGAACAGGAUAGAUCACCAUCUUACUGAAGAUCACAGGUCACAGUCGUAUAAUCUUACACAUGCUUUUAUAUAAUGUCUUUCAUAAGGGAUUCUUGCUACAUUCCAGAAUUACCAUGGGUUAAUGAAUGAAGACCGAAGUUAUAUCUCUUCAGACUCAUACACAGAGGCUUUGUUCAUUUGGUUUUGCAGUAUUUUCUUUUGAAGUCUCAUCUAGACUGCUGGACUGUUUCGUCCUAAUGAUCAUGUGAGCUUACAUGGAAGAUUUAUACAGUUGAGCCACAAUGAUCUUGAAUUUGUUUCUAAUGGGAGCGCCUCUCUAAAGCUGCUGCUGUGAGAUGGAUGUUCUAUGUUGAUGCUAAAAAUAUUGGUUUGAAUCCUUAGUGGACAUGUAAAUGGAAGAGAUAUCAGGAAAAACUCUGGAAAAUAUUGAGGGAGAACACAACAUCUAUCAAAAUAUGACUAGAGUUUGAAGACCUAUUAUGAAACUGAGGAAAUAAAAGGAAUAAAUCAAAUGUAAGCAUACUGUCAGAUUAUGAAGAUGCCGUUCUGACAUUUUGCAAUUGUGAAAAAAGACUGCCUUAGAACACGGGUACUUCUAAACAGCUUUCUAACAACUUCUAUCUCAAGGCACUUUAUCUUGUAAUCCUUUGGCACUUUAAUAUCUACUGGCUACAAGAUGCUUAGUGGAACCGUUGGAUCCGCCGGGGGGCCGGGCAAGUCCCCUUCUAAAGGGGGCAAGAAGGUUUCCCUGCCCCAAAACCAGCAGGGCAACAAGCUAAAUGGCCCUACGAUGAUCGAGCUAGAGGAAUUGGUGGGAGGGACAGCUGAAAAGCGCAACUGGCGAGGUAUCAUCAUAUCCCUCCUGGUCAUUCUCCUCAUCUGCGCCUUGAUCGUAGUCGCCAUCAUCAUUGCAAGCCCGGGUACAGACCUCAGAAUAUAUUCAAAGUACACAUUUGAGGAUAUAUUCGACCCCCAGUACCAACCAACGUAUUAUGAUGCUGUGUGGUUGACAGAGGAUGAAUAUGUACUACGGAAUUCCACCAACAAUAUUGUGGCUGUCGAUGUUGCCGCCAAUGAAACAACACUGCUCAUUAGCAAUAGGACGAUGGAUGAAGAAGGAAUCAUAAGGAUAUGGGUUCAUCCAGAUAAACAAUACAUCCUGCUCUCAUCAGAUGAACAACAGAUCUUCCGUAAUAGCUUUGAAGCAGUCUACAAGAUAUAUGAUGUCGAAAAGAAAUCUGUGAUCAAGACAUUAACACCACCGAGUGUGACAGAUGGACCAGUUCCUCUUCGAUAUGCAUCUUGGGUUCCGAACAGUGCAGGCUUGAUUUUUAUUUAUAAGAACAACUUGUACUACCAGAAUGCGGUAAAUAACGAUCCAGUUGCUGUUACUACGGAUGGUAUAGAGGGGGAGGUCUUCAACGGUGUACCAGAUUGGGUUUAUGAAGAGGAAAUUCUGAGUGAUGAUGAUGCUCUUUACUGGAACAAGGAUGGAUCUAGAUUGGUCUUUGCUCAAUUCAAUGAUACUCAGGUUCCUAAAGCAUGGUAUCCAUGCUAUGAGAACAAGGUUUACAGUGAGAUUAAAUACGUCAACUAUCCCAAGCCUGGAUAUCCUAAUCCCACCAUCAAGCUGCUCGUCAUGCCAGUUGAAGAUGUUACAAAUUUGGUCCAACUCCAGCCUCCAAGACAGUUCCAGGACCAGGAGUACUAUUACAGAAGUGUUGUGUGGAAGGAUAGGUACCAGGUAGCCGUCACAUGGUGGAACAGACCGCAGAAUGUUUCCGUGACGACCAUAUGCCAGGUGGACACCGGGGUUUGUGACCUCAACUACGAGCAAGAGACACCAAACGGCUGGAUAGUUCAGAGAGGGGAUAUUAUUUUUGCAGAAGAUGGUCUUUCAUACUUCACUAUUCUACCUGAGAGAGAAGGACCAAGAGGAAGCUUCUAUCAUAUAGCUCAAGUUACUGCUGAGAGUGGUCAGCGGGGUCAGGUCACUUUCCUGACCCAGGGAAUCUGGGAAGUAACACAGAUCGUUGGCUACAAUGCAGAGAGGAACCUUCUCUUCUAUUUAAGUACCGAGGAUGGAUCCAUUAACAGAACAUUGUAUAGUUUGAACAUUGCGACCAAGGAGAGGACCUGCCUGACAUGUGAUGUAAUCGAAGGCUGUUCCUACUUCAGUGCAGACUUCAACGACAAGGCGACCCGGUACAUCCUACAGUGCCAUGGUCCUGAUGUACCUCAGACAUUCCUGAAUUCCAUUGACUCGGCAAACUUCACAGUGUUGGUAGAUAAUGCUGGCGUCAAGGAGGCUCUGGCUGAUAAGGAUUUUGUGAUUAAGACGUUCCACACUGUCAAGUCUUCAGAUGGUAAUUUUGACAUCCAAAUCGAGCUUCUUAUUCCCCGGUCAAUGGAUGAUCAGCGUAGGCAUCCGUUACUGGUUGAUGUCUAUGCAGGACCUGGCACACAACAGGUGGAUGCCAAGUAUCACCAGGGCUGGUAUUCAUAUUUGAGUAGUAAUCACCAUGUGAUUAUUGCUCGUAUUGAUGGGCGUGGAUCGGCAUACAAUGGUCAGAAGCUACUUUAUGAGAUCUACAAACGAUUGGGCACAGUUGAAAUUGAAGAUCAAAUUACAGCUACAGACUAUUUAUUGGAUACGUACCGUUACUUGGACUGGAACAAAACAGCUAUUUGGGGAUGGUCAUAUGGAGGUUUUGCUUCAACGUUAGCUGCUACAUAUGGUAAAUUCAACUGUACAAUGGCUGUAGCCCCUGUCACCGAUUGGAGAUUUUAUGAUUCUGUUUAUACUGAAAAAUAUAUGGGAUUACCAAAAGCAACAGAUAAUUUACAAGCUUACAAGGAUUCCAACAUAUCUGCACAUGCGUCAGGUCUUCACAAUACAAAAUAUCUCUUGGUACAUGGCUUAGCAGAUGAUAAUGUACAUUUCCAAAAUUCAGCCAAUUUGGUGAAAGCUUUAGUACAAGAGGGUGUACAGCAUCAAGUACAGUAUUAUACAGAUGAGAACCACGCCUUAGGAGACCCAAUGGUACAAAAGGAUCUCUACCGUGUGCUCACAGAUUUCUUAGUCCGCUCAUUUGACCUGAAAUGCUGACCUUCAAUAUUUGACCCCUGACCCUAUGACCUUUCUCCAAUAGAAUAGUGACCUUCAUUUCCAGAUGGGUCAUCUUCCCUCCGCUACCCCCUUCCCUGAUCCAUUGAAUGCCAGGGCUCGGUCUUACAAAGAGUUACGAUUGAUCCAAUCAACCACAACUAUGGAAAGCCAUCAACAGCAACACGUUUGUUCAA